UGUAAGGCGUAGCAAAAAAGACAAUCAGAUACAAUAUCAGGGAUCUUCUGGUAAGGCUUCUGGCUACCAUUAGUUCUGAAUACUGAGGAUUUGAGGAGAAAAAUGGCUGUGAGUUUUGAAAUGUCUUUGAGAAUUUCUUGGAUUUGUUGCCUGCUAAUUGGAGGGAUAACCUGUUAUCCUCCACCUAAAGGUAAUUAUAGAUAUAUUCCCCAAAAUCAAUUAAAAGGAAUUGGCCACAAUGCAGCGGUAGCUACCAGCUCCAGUGCCUCGGCAGGUGAAGCUACCGGAUCCCGUGUCUCGGCAGGUGAAGCAGCCACCCGUAAUGCCACUGCAAGCGUCACGACUGGCCCAAAUACCUUAGGUGGAGCAACUGGAUCCCGUGCCUCAGAAGCAGUCACCCACAAUGCCUCAGCAAGUGGCACGACUGGCCCAAAUACCUUAGGUGAAGCAGCUGGCCAUAGUGCCUCGGCAGCGGAAGCAACUGGACACAGUGCCAUGCCAGCGGCCACCCAUAAUGCCUCGGAAGUGGCCACCCACAAUGCUUCAUCAAGCGUCACGACUGGCCUAAAUACCUUGGGUGACAUAUCCAACCCAAGUGCCUCAGCAGAAGCAGCAACCCAUAAUACCUCAGCAAGUGCCACGACUGGCCCAAAUGCCUUAAGUGAAGAAGCUGGACAGAGUGCCUCGGCAGCGGAAGCAACUGGCCACAGUGCCAUGCAAGCGGCCACCCAUAAUGCCUCGGAAGCGGCCACCCAUAAUGCUUCAAGCUUAACGACUGGCCCAAAUACCUUAGCUGAAGCAAUAUGCCACAGUGCUUCAUCAAGCGCCACGACUGGCCCAAAUACCUUAGGUGAAGCAACCGGCCACGGUACCUCAAGUCGGUACCUCAUCAAAUCUGGUUCAAAUGCCUCGGCGGGAGCCACAGGCGCCCUUGCCUCGGCGGGAGCCACAGGCGCCCUUGCCUCGGCGGGAGCCACAGGCGCCCUUGCCUCGGCGGGAGCCACAGGCGCCCUUGCCUCGGCGGGAGCCACAGGCGCCCUUGCCUCGGCGGGAGCCACAGGCGCCCUUGCCUCGGCGGGAGCCACAGGCGCCCUUGCCUCGGCGGGAGCCACAGGCGCCCUUGCCUCGGCGGGAGCCACAGGCGCCCUUGCCUCGGCGGGAGCCACAGGCGCCCUUGCCUCGGCGGGAGCCACAGGCGCCCUUGCCUCGGCGGGAGCCACAGGCGCCCUUGCCUCGGCGGGAGCCACAGGCCUUGAACAGGAGGGCCAACUCCUCAAGCAACAUGGAUUUUAGCAGCAGUGGUGUUUCUCAGGAUUUUGGGUCUGAUGGUAACAAUGAAAGCACCCAAUGUCUCAGCUCCAGCAGCGUUCAAGGCAGCAUCGUUGAAUAGUCAGUUCUCAUCCCAAUAUAUUUACAAAUCUGUGUAUGAGAAUG